ACUCCCGCGGUUUGUCCACUGCCUUCUCCGUGCGGCGUGAUACUGAUUUUAUGAACCUUGUACAGCUGAAUCCUUCUGACGCGGAUCUGGUUGAGUGGGCCAAUUCACACUUACCAGCUGCGUUACAAAAUUAUGAUCUCACUGGCCAUCUUUUCAGUGGUUUUGCUCUUCUUCGUCUCUCGGAAUCAGUUUUAGGGAAAUCACCCUCACCCCCCGUGCCGGACUCGGCAUUCCCGUCUGGCCCUGACGACGACAAGCUGGACGGGCUAUUCCGCCUGUUUGACUUCCUUCUCGACAACGACGUAAAAAUGGGCAGCGUAAGCAUUAACGACGUCCGACGAGGGAAACACGAUAAAAUAUUACAGCUUCUCAAAGCACUCAAGGCAUGGGAGGACAGGCGGAUGGACAUAUUGAGAUCUAUUGGUGCGGGAACAAUCCAGGCUGGUCCUUUCAUGACCCCCGAUAUAAACACUUGGAAGAGAUGAAUUCAUUUGGACUGCUUAUCAUUCGAGAUCGUGGACUCGAUCUUCAAACAUUCAUUUGCGCUACAUAUAUCAUGAUGACCCUCGUAUACGUUUGGGCUAUUUUCUCUGGAUACCCGUCAAAUAUCACGUCCUGCGGAUAACUACAUUGUGUACAUGAAAACUUUUCAAGCAGUUAAAAUUGUAGUAUGUAUAAAAAGAAAUCCAAGCACGUAAGUCAAAGUUUAGAUGGCUCAGAUGGAACCAUGUUGGUGUAUACAGCUGAUGCGACUAAUCGGCUUCGCAUUACAUUCCAC